AUGGUCCAUGCCCAUGAACUCAACGCUGACCGAGAUGAAAGAAAAAAAAUACUCCUACUUACCACUCAUCUCGUACACACGUUGAUGGAUGAUCGAUCGGUGCAACUGCAGGCGGUGUCGGACGAGGCGCGCGCCAUGUACAACGGCGGGCGGGCGGGGCUCACCUUCUGGUCCCCGAACGUGAACAUCUUCCGGGACCCACGGUGGGGCCGGGGGCAGGAGACCCCCGGCGAGGACCCCGCCGUCUCCGCGCGCUACGCCGCCGCCUACGUGCGCGGCCUCCAGCAGCCCUACGGCUCCGACGGCCACCACCACAACCGGCUGAAGCUCGCCGCCUGCUGCAAGCACUUCACGGCGUACGACCUGGACUGCUGGGGCGGGACGGACCGGUUCCACUUCAACGCCGUGGUGGGCGCGCAGGACCUGGAGGACACCUUCAACGUGCCCUUCCGCGCCUGCGUCGCCGAUGGCCGCGCCGCCAGCGUUAUGUGCUCCUACAACCAGGUCAACGGCGUGCCCACCUGCGCCGACGAGGCGUUCCUGCGCGGCACCAUCCGCGGGAAGUGGGGGCUCGAGGGGUACAUCGUCUCCGACUGCGACUCCGUCGACGUCUUCUUCCGUGACCAGCACUACACGCGCACCACCGAGGACGCCGUCGCCGCCACGCUCCGCGCCGGGCUCGACCUCGAUUGUGGCCCCUUCCUCGCGCUCUACACCGAGUCCGCCGUCGCCAGGCGUAAGGUCUCCGACGCCGACGUCGACGCCGCGCUCCUCAACACCGUCACCGUGCAGAUGCGGCUCGGCAUGUUCGACGGCGACCCCGCGUCCGGGCCGUUCGGGCACCUGGGCCCCGCGGACGUGUGCACCAGGGAGCACCAGGACCUGGCGCUCGACGCCGCGCGCCAGAGCGUCGUGCUGCUGAAGAACCAGCGGGGGAAGCACAGGAACGACGUCCUCCCGCUCCACCCCGCCGCGCACCGCGUCGUCGCCAUCGUCGGCCCGCACGCCGACGCCACCGUCGCCAUGAUCGGGAACUACGCGGGCAAGCCCUGCCGGUACACCACGCCGCUACAGGGCGUGGCCGGGUACGUCGCGCGGGCGGUGCACCAGGCCGGGUGCACCGACGUCGCGUGCCAGGGGAAGAACCAGCCCAUCGCCGCGGCGGUGGACGCGGCGCGCCAAGCUGACGCCACCGUCGUCGUCGCCGGGCUCGAUCAGAAGGUGGAGGCCGAGGGCCUGGACCGGACCAGCCUUCUCCUCCCUGGGCGACAGGCCGAGCUCAUCUCGGCCGUCGCCAAGGCGUCCAAGGGCCCCGUCAUCCUCGUGCUCAUGUCCGGCGGGCCCAUCGACAUCGCGUUCGCGCAGAAUGACCCGAGGAUCGACGGGAUCCUGUGGGUGGGCUACCCCGGCCAGGCAGGCGGACAGGCCAUCGCCGACGUCAUCUUUGGACACCAUAACCCAGGCGGGAAGCUACCGGUGACAUGGUACCCUCAAGACUACCUGCAGAAGGUGCCGAUGACGAACAUGGCGAUGCGCGCGAACCAGGCGCGCGGGUACCCGGGGCGGACGUACCGGUUCUACACGGGGCCGACGAUCCACCCGUUCGGGCACGGGCUCAGCUACACCCAGUUCACGCACACGCUCGCGCACGCGCCGGCGCAGCUCACCGUGCGGCUCUCCGGCGGCCACGCCGCCACCACCGCGUCGACGUCGUCCCUCCUCAACGCGACGCGCAUGCGCCCCGCCCGCACCGUGCGGGUCGCGCACGCGCGGUGCGAGGGCCUGACGGUCCCCGUGCACGUGGACGUGAGGAACGUCGGCGACCGCGACGGAGCGCACGCCGUGCUCGUGUACCACGCGGCGCCCUCGUCAUCCACCGCCGCCCCCGGAGCGGACGCACCCGCGCGGCAACUGGUGGCGUUCGAGAAGGUGCACGUGCCCGCCGGCGGCGUGGCGCGCGUGGAGAUGGGCAUCGACGUGUGCGACCGGCUCAGCGUCGCGGACCGGAACGGCGUGUGGCGGAUCCCCGUCGGCGAGCACAGGCUGAUGAUCGGCGAGCUCACGCACUCGGUCACGCUCGGCGUCGAGCAGCUCGGGGUAUAG